CGUAAGACACCCUCCCCUCCCGCGAACGCGUUUUCCAGCUACACUUGUACAUAUCUUCCCACGCACAAAUCUCUUACUCACCCCAGAACGCAAUUAACGAACCUUCCAUUUUCCCCUGCUGUUUGUUUCCUCCUCUCUUUCCAUUUCCCCCAAAAAAAAAAAAAAAAAAAAAAAUUCCAUAAAUACCCCUGCCAAUGUCACCCAUCCACGUCCAUUCCCCUCCAUUUGACUUCUCUCUCUCUCUAUCUCUACCAAUAUUGAUUGACCCAGAGCUGUAGUAGUUGAACCGGCAGACGGCAGACCCCAUUUGACCAGACCCUCUCUCUCUCUCUCUCUCUCUAAACUUUGGCUUAUAUUCAGAUACUUGAUUUUCUCUUUUAACAUCUAAGAAGAAGAUGAACGAUCUCUUUUCCGGCUCUUUCUCGCGCUUCCGAGGGGAGCCAGCAUCACCUGACCACCAUGUCAUCGAGAUGUCCGCCGCCACGCCCGCCUCCACCGGCGUCAAUCUCAAUAAGUUUUUCGAGGACGUGGAGGCCGUCAAGGACGAGCUCAAGGAGCUCGACCGACUCAACAAGUCCCUACGGAGCGCCCACGAGCAGAGCCUCACCCUCCACAACGCCAAGGCCGUCAAGGACCUCCGCUCCCGCAUGGACGCCGACGUCUCCCUCGCCCUCAAGAAGGCCAAGGUCGUCAAGGUCAAGCUCGAGGCCCUCGACCGCUCCAACGCCGCCAACCGAAGCCUCCCCGGAUGCGGACCCGGUUCGUCUUCGGACCGGACCCGGACCUCCGUCGUCAACGGGCUCAGGAAGAAGCUCAAGGACUCCAUGGACAGCUUCAAUGGCCUAAGGCAACAGAUCUCGUCCGAGUACCGGGAGACCGUACAGCGGAGGUACUUCACCGUCACCGGUGAAAAUCCCGAUGAGAAGACCGUUGACCUUCUCAUCUCUACAGGUGAGAGUGAGACAUUCUUGCAAAGAGCCAUUCAAGAGCAAGGCAGGGGUAGAGUUUUGGACACCAUACAAGAAAUUCAAGAGAGGCACGAUGCUGUGAAGGAUAUGGAGAAGAAUCUGAAAGAGCUACACCAGGUGUUCCUGGACAUGGCCGUCUUGGUCCAGGCCCAAGGGGAGCAAUUGGAUGACAUCGAGAGCCAUGUGGGCAGAGCUAAUUCAUUUGUGAGGGGCGGAACCCAGCAGCUGCAGACUGCCAGGGUAUACCAGAAGAACACCCGGAAAUGGACCUGUUAUGCUAUCAUAAUUUUGCUGGUGAUCAUUUUGUUUGUGGUGCUUUUUACUGUCAAGCCGUGGGAUAACGGCGGAGGCAACAACAACAACAAUACUCCUGCUGCUGCUCUUUCUCCUCCUCCUCCAGCAUCAUAGUGCGCCGCUCUGCUACACGUUAUAGUUCAUGCUUUAUUAUAGUAUGAGACUUGACCUCUUCAUUUUUUGGUUUAACUGGUUUUUUUUAUAUAAGAUUUUGAAUUUGUGGGGGUUGAGGUUCGAUAGACCUGGUUUUCAUUGUAUCAUUUAGAGAUAUUGAUAUGGAGCUACCUAGGAGAGCAUUGUACAUUGUCUAUAUGAUGGUAGGCAGGGCCAAUCUUGUUUGUGGCGCACAAAAGAAUGAAAUGUGGCUAGGUCUCAUUGAGGUUGUCUCACCCCUUUGAUGUUAGAUUCAUUUUCCUGUAAUUAGGUUUUUUGGGUGGCUUAGUUGUAUCUUGUUGCUUGGUUGCCAUGUGUAUUCUUUAUGGGAUCCUCUCCCUUUCUAUAUGCAUCUAUUUAUUUAUUUUU